AUGCCCGAAUUCGGGCAGCGACGGGAGAGCGCUUAUUCGAUGCACAGAGCGACACAGGAGAGCCUCGAGGCGCUGGCGCGGCUGGACGCCACCCUAAUCAUCCAGGCUGGGGCGCGCCGCCUUUUGGCUCGUCGCCAGCCCCCUCCGGAGAAUCGGCCGUGGGCCAGUAGCCUGGCCGAGGCGAUCGCGGAGCGGCGCAAGUUUCACAGCGCCGCACUACUGAUGCAGACGGCGCUACGGCGCAGGGUGGCGCAGAGGCGCAUGGUCGAGCAGCGCGGCGCGUGCCGGAGGAUCCAGGCGGCGGCUCGCUUACGCCGCGUGAGGGCGGACCUUGAGCGAGAGCGGCAGGAGGUGCGGCUUAUCAUGUCAAGACUCGAGGCGGAGGCGCCAAAGCUCCGCUUGGCCGCCAGGAAGGCGUCUGAGGCGGUUGAGGCCUCCGAGAGGCAGGUGGAAGGGCUGCGGGCGAAGGGCGCCCGGGCGAGGGAGGGCAAGGCCGCGUCGGCGCUGCAGCUCAGCCUUCAGAGGGCGCUUGCCCAGCUCGCCGCUUGCCAGGCCAGAAAGGCGGUGCGGGUCGCCCUGGUAAAGGCCUCGAGCGCGGAGCUCCACUUCUCGCACGCUGCGCUUGAAGCCGUCUCGCUCGGCCAGAUGCGGAACCUGCGCGAGCACGCCCAUCAGGCGGCGCAGCUGCGCGCAAAGACGCUCGAGGCGGCCCGCGCGUCUGGGGCGCUCGGAUCGCCGUCGCCGAGCCCGGCCGCGCCCCAACCGGAGGCCACGCCGCCCAGCGGCCCCGCGACCAGCACGAGGGCGGCGGCCUCUGAGGUGGUGCCGGUGCGCACUUCGACCCUCAAGCGCGAGACGUGGCAGGCGUUGCAGGCGGGCGAGAUGGGGGGCGUCGACGCCGCGACAGUAAAGGCGUGGCGCGACGAGAUGAGCGAGCUCGCGGCGGCACGCCGAGCGAACGACGCCAAGCGACGCGUGGCACGCUGCGGCUCGUCCUCCGUGGCUCAGCCGCCCGGAGCGAGUGAGGAUGAUGUCUCUGCGAAGGACCUCGCGACCGUCAAGGCGGAGGCGAAGCACCGCGCCCUGCAGCGGGCGCGGGCCAGGCACCGGCUGGCGGAGAGUGCUGAGCGGGCGGCCAUCACGCGGGAGAGGGCGCGCGAAAAGCAGAUCCAGGCGGCGCUGGAGCACCAGAUCCGCAAGGCGCGCGUGGAGGAGCGCGCGUGGAAGGACGCCACGCGGCGCGUCGUCGCCAACCGGAGACGGCCACCCGCACCUGGACCUCUGCCGCAGCAGAGGGGUCCCUCUUCGGAGCGGCACGGUUCGGGAGGAGCAGCCACGCGCAGCAGCGGCCGGGAGGGGAUCCACAGCGGCGGCACUAGCGGCCGGGAGCGCCGACGCAACGGCGGGACUGGCGCGCGGGGACAGGCUCCUCCGGAGGAGGCGGCUGGCGCCCGGAGCCUCGCUGCUCUGGCCAGCUCGAGAGCUCCCGCCCCAUCCUUGGCCGCCGCUUUGCCCAGUCCUUGCCUCGUGGCCGACCCGCGAACGCUGCCCGAGCAGCUGAUGGUACCGUGGGCGAUCCUCCCUCGCCGAGUCCGCGGCCUCGCGAUGCGCCACGGAUACACGCACGUCUCGUGGGACCUCGAGACGAUGGCGCUGAUCCAGCAGACGAGUGUCAGCCAGUGGCUUGCAUCACCCGGAGGUGCGGGCGACAACGGGAGCGCGGACGCGAGGUCAGUGACAUAG